AUGAGCCGCCAGGACCCGAGCGGGCGCCCGAGCGCUGCCGGAGUGAGCAGCACUGGGUUGAGGAAGGUACCGCCUGUCCCCUGUCCCCUGUCCCGUGUUCUGUGCCCGCGUUUCCCGGCGGCGAUCCCCGCAAGAGCGAUCCCGGGAGGGGCGGCCCCAGCCCCGCUGCGCAGGCACCCGCCGCCAGCCCCGCGAGGCCCCCGAGCGUGGUGGUUGCCAUGGAGACGAGCGGCGCAUCCCGGUGAGGGCGGGACCGGGACCGGGGGAAAUGAGGGCAGAUCCCGCAAGAACACAGAGACUAAACAAAUGGAAAAAAUCACUCAUCUGGAAGCUCUGAUGUUUAGUGCUGUGCUGGAGAACUGUGUGGAUCAACUUGCAAUUCUUGGAUAUAUCAUGCCAGUUCCACAUGAGGACAAGACAGACAUCAACCAUCAAAUGAAAGAAAUUAUCCAGGAGGAGCUGGGUAUUAACUUCUCAGAACUUAUGUCAGCAAAGCAAGAAAGUGGGGAAACAGUUACCUCCACAGCCCUGAAAAACACCGAACAUGAGCAGCAGCAGGGGAAAACUGAAGAUCAAAAAAGCACCCACCAUUCUUCCAAAACCCCCAAGAAGUGCACCACCCGGGCUCUAGAGAAGCUCAAAAAAAUCUAUGCUGACAGGCAGUAUGCAAGUGAUGUAAUUACGGUCACUAUUAAAAAGAUGGAGGAAUUGGGAACAUUUAGUAGCCUAACAGAUGCUAAUGAGAGAGAGAAGGCAAAAAAGGACAAGUUUUAUGACAUCCUCAUCAGGGAGGAAAAAGGAAAGAAGGAGAUAAAGGCACUCCAGAAACAGCUGCAAGAUGUCAAGAAACAAACUGGUCAAGACCUUCAGAACCGAGAUAAGGUUAUUGAUUGCCUCAAAGAUAAGCUUCAAGAGAUGACGGCCAAAGUGAACAUAGAGAGCUUCUACAUGAAGAAAAACACAGCUCUCCAGGUCCAACUAACCCAGAAAAAGUGCAGCAGUGCAGAGAAUGCCCUGGAGAAGGAAAUCCAGAAUUUGAAGAGCAAAAUUGAUGAGGAGAUUCAACUCCACACAGAGACUGAAAAUUUCCUCACGCAACAAUAUCAGGAGGUGAAAGAGAAGCUGGAAUACUGGAUAGAGAAGUAUAAAAAAGACACUGCUGCAAAAGACGAAGAACUGGAUGAUCUAAGAGCAUUAAAGGCAGAGAACUUGGAAACAAUGCAGAGAUUUGCAAAGGAGUGCCUGACAUUCCAGGCAACCAUCAUCAUUGACCGGACAGACAAGGAGGCCAAGAGAAAACAAAUAGAGCAGGAAGCCCUGGAGCUGAAGAGUGCUGUGAAGGUGCAGGCCUGGUGGAAAGGUACAAUGGUCCGCAGAUUCCUCGGCCCCUACCAGGAGCUUGAGAAGUAUUUGAAGGAACAAUUAGGAGAGAAGGAAAGAGCCAAGGAAAAAUCUGGAGCAAAGAGAUAAGUAAAGAAAGUGGCCACAGAUGUGCUCCAGCACUGCUGCUGGGCAGGGCACUGUGGUAUGUCUGACAAGACAAAAUAAACCAUGUAACCGAG